GCUGCAUUGGGUCCCGAUGGUACAGGAGGCAUAGACAGGCCGUAGAGCAAAGCUCUGCUAUUCGGGUGUCCAGUCCAGGCCCAACGAUAAUUAUUUCAUAACCUCUAAUCAGGGACUGAUUUAGACCUGGGAUACUUACACAGGCAGUCUAAUUCUUCUUUUUUUUCUCACUAAUUGGGCUUGACUAAUGACAUCAGAUCUUUUUCAGAGCUGAUCUGAUUGCGCAAAAGAAGAUUUGAAUACCCUUGCUCUACACAAUACAUAUGUUACUGUCCACAGCCUGGGCCUUGGUUGGUGACGGAUCUAAUUUGAAGCCUCGCACCAGCUACAACAUGAACUCCCCCAAGGUCAUUGUGUCCAAGUCCCACGCUGGGAAGGUGAAGGGUUUCAUCGAGGAGGCCUUCGGGACCACAACAGUCAUCCUCCCAGCAGGGGGCGCAGGCUAUAAGGUGCUGGCUCUGCUGGACCCCAGUGAUGAGGACAUUGGGAAGGCAGACAUGUACAUCCAUGUGACCUUCAUCAAGAAGUGGGACAUCUGUGCCGGAAAUGGCCUGCUCACAGCCCUGGGAGGUCACAUGACCACACUGAAGGGCGAGGAGAUAGACUAUUCGGGAGUGGCAGGCAACAAUGGUGGUCUGCUAGCCAGUGUCAAGGUGGACCACCAAGCCCUGGUGGCGAAACUGCCUGCAUGGGACUCUGCUGACAAACACUGAAAAACACACACAGAUAUUUACACUCACUCCAUUAUGUUCAUACACAGAUGAUCAAGGACAAACAGACAAGAUGACCACAAGCCUUGAAGACCAAACAAACACAGAUGAGAGGACCGCACAAUCUGGGACAAGACAAUAUUACAAAGCCCACCAGUUUCUCCUUCAAACUCCUUUCACCAUUUAAAAAAAACAUAGUAUUUGUAAAAAGAUAAGUCAGUCCUUGCAUUUUCUAUCAUAGAAAGUGCUAAUAAGUUGGACAAGGAAAAGCCAUGUGCCCAGCUUCAGUUUGUUGCUAAGAGAUGGGCGCCUUUGAUUGGCAUGGAAACUUAGU